ACGCAUAUGCAGCGAAGCUAAAAGAAGUUGUUUUCAGUUUAAGUUUACGUUUGUUACAGUUAACCAUUUUUAUAAUUGAUUCCCUCUCCAUUUUAAUUUUAUUUUUAUUAUUGAUCAACUAAUUAAUAAUUAUCUAUGAACAGAUAAUUUAAGACUAUCAAUAAAUUGCUGCUAAUUGGCAAGAUUAUGGAUUGGAGCCAGAAUCUUUGGAGCAAAGGCUUACUCCUUUUGCUGUUCGUUGCCUCGGGCUAUGAUUGCGCUGGAAAUAAAACAAAAUCAAGUAAAUCUGGUAAAAAAAUAAAAGAGUCAACAACAACAGCAAGUUACCAGGAUGAAAAUUCAAAUAAGCAAUCUAAUUUAAUGGAAACCGCUCCAAGUUUCACUUUUUUUGGUCGAGAUGAACAUGGGAAAAUUUGUAUUUUAGCUAAAUUUGAAGCCAUUUUCACCAUAACUUAUGAAGCUACCUCAGGCUCUCAGCAAUUAAUCGCUAAAAUACCCCGGGAUACUGAAACAAGAGCACACUGCGUCAGCCUACUUGACACCAACCCAUAUCUGGAUAUUUCAUGGCGAGGUGGAUUCACAUUCCGAAUGGUUUUUAGCAAACAUGAAUCAACCAAUUCUUGGGGAGUCAAAGGAAUGAACCUUGUUUAUAAUACGAAGGAUUCAGCUUUUACGGAAUCAGUUGACGGUAGAGAACUAAUUGUUAGAAGUGAUCAGGAUUCCCUCAACCAAUUUGAAACUCUGCUUGGUAAAUCAUAUUAUUGUCCAAGUCCAUCAAUUAUAAACAUGUACAAUCCUGCAGGAGAAAGAAUUGUAAUUCUCAGAUUAUCCAAUGUUCAACUUCAAGCUUACGAAAUCAAGACUGGAAAAUUUUCUCCAAUGUCUCGAUGUGGUUUGGUUGGUUUCGGAUCAGGUGUUAUUGCUCCUUUCUAUCUGGUUAGUUAUCAUGAAGAUGAUAGUGCUUCGAUGAUUGUUGCUGUUAUUACAAUAUUAGUUUCGGUUCUUACUGUUGCUGGUUAUGCUGUUUAUCGAGCCUGGUUCAUCAAAAAAGUAGAUUAUGAUACAAUGAUAUAACUAAAAUCCAGCUAACUAAUCAACUUUAACGUGAAAUGAGAGUUAUUUGGUUAUCAAUAUUUCUCUCUACAAUUCUUCCAAUUAUCUCAAUCUUACAGAAAACUGAAUCAAGAAAUUAAUCAACUCAACUCAAGUCUUUCAAGAUACUUUUCAAGUCAUCACACAUUUCGUCCAAAGACUUUAAUUGCUUUUCAAGGUUUACCCUUUCAUUAACUAUUAAUCAUACUCAUGUCUUUCAAUUAUCGUCAUAUUAUCAUGGACAAGUCUUUCACUUUCAAUUUUUUCGUCUUCUGUAAACAAUUAACAUUGUUAAUUGUAAAGAGCAACAUAUCAAAGAUCUCAGACAAGUUAAGAAGCUUCAGGAUUUCCUUAACACAAAUUUUAGCUGACUUAAUAUCAAUUGUCUUCCAAUUUCUACAUUAACAAAUCAUAAUAAUUAUCCGGAAAUUAUUGUGCUAAUCUAAUCGAUCUAUUAAUUACUUUUCGUUUUAAACAAACCUUUUUUCUUUCGAGUGUGUUAUGUCAUUUGAGAGUACAAAUUUACAUCGAAAACAGCUAAAGAUGUAUAAAAUUCAAUAAAAUCAAAUUUUCUUCAA